AAGGAGAGCGAGUAUUGUCCGACGCCGCUCUCGUGGACUGCCGAGAAUAUCAACGAACCUAUCGCCAAGCUGUUACCGGACAAAGGCGCCGAGGUUUGCUCUAAUGGUCAUGAGAAUCGUAUGCCGCUCUCGUGGAGCGCUCUGAAUGGACUUGAGGUGAUUGUUGAACUGUUGAUAGACAAGGGCCUAGGUUGA